AUGCGGGGCCUCAUGCAGGAUGCGCCUCUGGUGACCACCAGCAUCCUGGACUAUGCGGCCAAGUGGCACGGCGAAGCUGAGAUAGUUUCCAUGACUGUGGAAGGCCAGGUGGAGAAGAGCAACUGGCGGCAGGUUGCGGACCGCUCCAAGCUCUGCGCCCUGGCCCUCAAGCGGCUGGGAGUCAGGCCGGGCGACCGCGUGGCGACGCUGGCUUUCAACACUGUGCGCCACGUUGAGGCGUGGUAUGGCAUCAUGGGCAUCGGGGCGGUGUGCCACACCCUCAACCCGCGCCUGUUUGAGGACGACCUCGCCUACAUCAUCAACCAUGCCCAGGACAGCAUCAUCCUUGCAGACACCACCUUUGUGCGCCUGCUGGAAGCGCUGCACCCGCGCAUCCGCGGCUGCGUCAAGCACAUCGUCUUCCUGACAGGCACGUUCAGGUGGGAGGUGCGGGACGAGUUCCAGGCGUGCGGGCUGUGCUACACCAGCGGCACCACGGGCGUGCCCAAGGGCGUGCUGUACAGCCACCGCAGCAACUACCUGCAUGCAAUGAUCAUUGCCAUGCCCGACACGCUGGACCUGCGGGCCGGCAGCAGCGUGCUCAUGGUGGUGCCCAUGUUCCACGCCAACAGCUGGGGCCUGGUGUUUGCAGCGCCUAUGGUAGGCGCAAGCCUCGUGCUGCCAGGGCCGUUUCUGGACGGCGCCAGCACUUACAAGCUUAUGGAGCAGCAGCGCGUGACACACACGGCGGGCGUGCCCACGGUGUGGCUGGGCCUGCAGGAGCACAUGGAGCGGCAGCAGCUGCGCCUCUCCUCCCUGAAGAUGCUGGCUGUGGGCGGCGCUGCCUGCCCCAGGCGCAUUAUUGAGUUUUUCGAGGGGCAGGGCGUGGAGGUGCGGCAGCUGUGGGGCAUGACCGAGCUCAGCCCAGCGGGCACGGCCAGCCUUACCGGCCUGGAUGGCGAGGGCCUGGUGCAGCUGAAGCUGAAGCAGGGGCGGCCGCACGUGUUUUUGGACAUGCGCAUAGUGGACGACCAGGGCCAGGAGCUGCCCUGGGACGGCAAGGCCUUUGGCAACCUGCAGGCAAGCAGAGCGGCAGCACAGCGACAUGCCUGCCCCUUGUGUCUGCACGUGCGGGGCCCCACCACGCUCAGCCGCUACUACAACAGCGACGCGGCGGCGGCAGAUGAGGAGGGCUGGUUUGACACCGGGGAUGUGGCCACCAUCGACUCCUACGGUUAUAUGCAGAUCACAGACCGGAGCAAGGAUGUGAUCAAGAGUGGGGGGGAGUGGAUUUCCAGCCUGGAGAUUGAGAAUGUGGCGGUGGGGCACCCGCAGGUGGCAGAGGCCGCGGUCAUCGCAAUCCCAGACGCCAAGUGGGGCGAGCGCCCGCUGCUGGUGGUAGCGCCCAAGGAGGGGCAGAUCCCCAGCCGUGAGGACAUCCUGGGCUUCUUGGAGGGCAAGAUUGCAAAGUGGUGGAUGCCCGACGAUGUGGUGUUCGUGAAGGAGAUCCCACACACCGCCACUGGAAAGAUCAGCAAGCUGACGCUGCGCAAGCAGUUUGCAGAGGCCAAGCCGGCGCGCGCGCGGCUGUGA